UAGAAAGUAAAAGAGACAAUUAAGGGGCACAGGGGAGGUCCGCCGUCACGGCGCGAAGAUGUCGCCGAUGGCCUUGCGCGCGCCGUCGAGGGCGCCGUUCCAGCCGUCCCGCAGGAAGGCGUAGACGGGGCCCUCGCGCCGCGGCGGCGCGGCGUAUAGCGCGUCGUAGUCGAAGGCCGGCACCUUCGCGGGCGCGGCCGGCCGGAGCGCGGCGAUGGAUUCGUCUCGUCUCCUACGUAAUUCCUGCUGCAAAUAAUACCCGGCGCCACCCGCGGCGCCUAGCCCCACGCCGAAGCUCGCCGCGAGUUCUACCGCUGCGCGCACACCUGCCAUGCUCUAGCUCUGCCUGAGAUGUCGCGGUCGUCCGUCGUCCAGCCUGCAGGUGGUGCGUGGCGCGUGAGCCUCUUAAACAGUCCUUGGCGCCCGCGGGGCCACCUGGCUGGCGUCCCUGUCGUCCUCCUAUUCUCGUCCGAGUUAGCUAUUGUGUAACGCACUAGCUUUCCGCAGGUUGCUCAAGCGGCUUUUUCAGGCUAAAAAAAGCGAGGUGAGACUCCCGAUCCGACCUCAACACACAGCGCCGAAGCAGCUCGAAGCCGUGGCGCAAGCGCUCCGGCAGCCGCACCGCCGCGCCUCAGAAAGGCCGUCUCUAGCUGAACGGCAAAUUACAGCCUCAGCGCGAGGCGCGGGGCCGCGGCGCGCUUGCCGCACGCUUAGAACAAAGCCCCCGCUCCCCACGUCACAGCCGCCCACUCGCUCGUCCCGCGCAGGCCUAGGAGAGCCGCGAAGAACGCCGCAAGGAUAGCGGCGAUGAACGCCGCAAGGAUAGCGGCGGCCCGCGCGGCGCCGGCGCUGCGGCGCCCGGCGCGGUCCUUUACCGUCCUCGAGACCAUGGCGCGGCCCGUGGCGAACAUGCCCAACAAAAUCGCCGAGUACCGGACGCCCUACGUCCAGAACCUCCACCUCCACGGCGCGGACAACCCGACCUACCUCAAAGGCGGCCAGGGCGACCAGACCAUGUUCGGCGUCGGCAUCGCCCUCAUCGGCUUCGCGCUGGUCCAGGUGUCGCGCGGCCUCUACAACAUGUCGAACGGCGUCGGCAAGAACUCCUAGAGGACGCCCCCCGUGUUUAUUGAUUGCUGGUUUAUCUUAGAUAUCGCCUCGGGGGCGACCCGGCGGCGCGCGUCGGCGGCGUCUUCAUCACCGGCACCGUGCGGGCUUGGGUGCGCGCGGCGCCGUCGUUGGCCGGAUCCGAGGGCUGCCCCAUCGCGUCGCGCCAGUUCGACCGCGUGCGCUUCUCGUCGGUGGAGGGCGCGAGUGCUCCGCAGGACAGGAACGACAGGACACAGCAAUGGAGGGCGGCGUGCGCAUCCGCGAGGGAGCGCGGACGCCGAGCCCCGCCACGGUCGCGGCGGCCGCGGCCGCCGCCGACAAGGCGGCCGCGGACGAGCUGCGAAAAAUCAAUGAACAACGCGAACGCAUGCGAGAGAAGGGCGCAACGGGCGUGGCGCGCGCGGGCGCGCUGCGCGACCUCGGCACGAACGCGAGAGCGGCGGACUGCCGCGAGCUCUACGCCGCGUCGAAGCGGAACGGCCGCGUCGAUGACGCCUGCGCGCGCCAGGCGGCGCUCGAGGCGGCGCGGGACGUCAUCCGGCGCAACGCGGACCCCGAGGAGGUCGAGCUCGCGUUGGAUCUGGCGCAGAAGGCGUUGCAGAGGAGGAAGAGCGGCGGGCCGCGCGACGAGGACGCGAUGGCGCGGCUCGGCGCGCUCCAGUGCCUCCGCGAGGGCUUGAAAUCAAACGACGAGCACGUCCAGGCGCUUGCAUACAGACGCCUGCCGAACGCGGCCAAGGCCCUGGCGGACGGCGACGAUAAAGUCAGGCGCUGCGCGGCGCACGUCGUGAGCGACGCGCUCGGCGACGUCCGCGCGCCGGGCCCGAAGCCCCCGGGCGCGAACAAGCUGGCGCGGACGGCGGCCCGCGCGGCGGCGGCCGCGCUGGCCGACCGGUUUGGGGAUGCGGCGGCAGUCGUGGCCUGCGUCGACGCCACGGGUUUGUGGACGCCCGAGGUGACCGAGGCCGUCGUCGCGAAGCGCGCGGCGGCGAAGGUUAUGGAGCGGCGCGCCGUGGCCGACGCGCUCGCGACGGCGCCGGCCGGCGACGACGUCGACGAGGCCCUCGCGGCGCUGCUCGAGGACGCGGACGCCGGGGUCCGGGCGUCCGCCGAGUACGCGCGCCUGACGCAGGCGGCGGCCGCCGAGGAUAAACUCGUGCGCCGGCGGCUCCGCGGCGACGGCGACGACGAUGCGCAGUCGUCGUCGUCCGCGCCCCCGCCGGCGGAGAAGCCGCCGUCGCGCGAGCGGUGGCGCGGCACGGGGCGCGGCGACACGCCGCCGCUCGCGCCCGACGAAAUUGCCGCGGCGGCGGAGUUUCCGGAUCCGCCCGCCGACGACUCGGACUCGGACUGGGGCUCAGACUCGGACGGCGAGGACGCGCCGCCCGCGGCGCCGGACGAGACGCUCCGCCGGGGCGCGGGCGGCAUAGGCGAGGCCCCGGAGCCGGAAUUAACGGCGUUGUAACUAG